GCGGUUCAAUCACUGUCUACACGGGCCACGCAAGACUUAUGGACGGCGGCACCGGUGCCUUUUCUGGCAGGGACGGCGGAGCAGAACCUCCAGCGGAGGACCAACCUUACCAACAAACUUGCCAAACGCCUGUCCGGCAACGAGCGUGCGAAGGUCGACAUGGCCGUCGCUUUACAAGCUUGGUUCGGCUUUGUCAGCCAGCAUAUGCUUGGCCUUCUGGCGCAAGUCCGUGCAAUCGGACAACGGUUGGACGACGACACGGCCGUGGCUGCCAGGGAAAUGCGAGAGAUCCUUUCCGAGCAGCCCUCGGAGACCACAGCGGCUCAGGUGAACAAGGCUCUAGCUGCGGUGGGACCAAUCUGGUCAGAGCCUCAGGAACAGGAGGUACUGCAACUUGCUGCCCGCCUUCGCGCCUUUGGCACAGUUACAAUGCAACCAAUGGGCAACGUCGUGGCCAACCUCCGCUGGAGGGCUGCCACCAGGAGCGCCGCUUGUGGAGGAUGGUGUUCCUUCCGGUCGCACAAGCACGACGGAGUGCGGCUUGGAGCUCAUCUGGAUGUGGGCUCUGUGGCAAGCUUUGGUGCCACGGACGAAGAUCUCCUGGGCCUCGACGGCUCAGGCGAUCCAGCCAUACCGAUCCUCGCCACGGAGUUACCUGGCGUAUCUACUAUGGAUGUUCGGGCCCCGGCGGCAAUGCCGCCGCCUCUGAUUCCAGCUGGUGUAGAUGCGACAGCGUUACCUGUUUCUACAGGUGGCAGAUGGAGGAAGCGAAGUGGUGGCCACACGGAGAGGCCGUCCAAAAGCCCACGUCGGGAGGUCGACACGGGCACGCCGUGGCCAUCCUUGAAGACAGGUCGCACACCGGACAAAGCGCCCAGGUCUUCGCUUCUGGCCGCCGUGGAAGACGAAGCGGAGCUGAUCCCGGCGGAGCGCGAGCCCCCACGCACUUGGGAGCAGGCAUGGACUGCUCUUUUGCAGUUUGCAGUUUCCCAGGGAGGAGAACGUGUGGGCGAACUUGCUUCUUGCCCCGAACAAGAUGCGAUAGUCUGUCCUGUCCACAACGCCGAGAAAGAAAGCGAGGUCUUGACACACUGUGGAGCGGUGUUGUCAGCCACCUGCCCCAAGGCCUUCUCGUCGCAGCGCAUGAGCUUCACGGCCUUUUCCGGAGUGUUCUGGCCCUCCGAUGGGAUUUGGCCGGUCAGUGCUGCGCGGGGCCAGCCAGUCUUUUCAACAGGGUUCCAGCACCAAUGCGUGACAUCGGGGUCUUUGCCCCGUCUUUGGCGCACUGCCCUCAGGUCUGCAGACAGCGGAAUGGAGUUGGCGCCGCCAGGUGGAAACACUGCCUUCACUCCCACCGGAGCAGUACGUUCUUACCGAGCUCACCCUCCCGUGGUUCCGGAUCCGUGCGCAGCGAUAAUCCGGGACGCGGCUGUGCAGCAAGGCAUACACGUUGAUGUGAACAACUGCCUAUGUCGGAGACGCAUUGCAAGUGUGGCCUACGGACGUGUUUUCCACGAGCCUUUCGCUGCCAGGAGCUUCGCCGUGCUCGGCCAGCGGCGGUUCUUCGGCGAGUGGGCGCUCGGUUUUCCCUUCGUUUUCUUUCAGCUUGGAUUGGACUUCUGUCGCUUGUCUGAUGCAGGAUGGAGCCAGUUCUUCCGAGUUCCCGGGUUGAACAGGGAGUUCAAACUUUCCCUCUGCACUGGCCAGCUCAUGCACGUCCCAUGCGACUGCUUGAAUGCCCUCACUUUGGGGUUAGUUGCAGAGUUCCUUGCAGCGAAGGUUAUGUCCAUUGGAGGGCUCACCACGUGGGACCUGCCAGGUGUUGAGAUCCACGGGCAGUUGGCUGUUUGGAAAUGGCCCGGUGAGGUGUCCUCUCUGGCUGGUGAGUGUGGGCACCUUUUCCAAGAAGGCCAUGACGCCUUCGCCUGCGAUGCCACGCGUGGCCUCCAGGCACGCAUCAAUGGGGUUCUGAACCAGCCGUCAGUUGCAGCAUUUGCCAGUGUGGUCAGUCCUGCCGUCGGACGCAGCCUGACGACUCGAUCAUACCUAGGAUGGUGGUUCCUCCUCUCUUUUCUUCUUCAGGGCCCGGUGCCGGUGUUGGGUGCGGCCUCAGAUACUGACGAUGAAUGCCCGGAACCGCAGGUAUUCCCUCGAUAUGACAGUUCCCCGCCAGUGGCCGUGGCAUGGUGCUAUGAGCUAUCCUGCCAAACCACACACUUGGGUGUCAUGCCUGCCUCCCUUUGGGGAUAUUGCCAGGCUAACGCACCGACUGACACGAUUCGCUUCCACAUUUGGACACCCUUUCAAGGGCCUGCCAUUUUUGAUUACCCCAAGGGCGGGCCGCUGUCCGGGUUUAAUAGUUUGCUCUGGGAAGCAGGACACCGUCCGGACUCCUGUGGUCUGCAUGUUGCGUUUGACACGCAACCUACUGUCCUGGAUGUUGUCUCGUGCCCGAUUGGGGAUCCUACCUGGUGGAUUGUCAGGGACGGCAUGUCGAGGGAGCUUCUGCGCCCUGUUGCUCCAUGGUAUGAGCCGGAUGGUAGACGUGUGCUUACCCUGAACUCACUUGGUCAAGCCCAAGGCCUCUCUUUUGGCCCAGAGGCAGGUGCGAUGCAGCGGCUUCCUGCUGGGGUCCGAGCAGCUAUCACUUACCCCUUUUCACGGGUCUUAGGGCACCUCUCGGCUGGAGGAUUGGUUCUAACUGAAAUUGCGAUUGGCUCCUUUUCUAGGGCUAUCUCCAGGCGUAGCUCCUUGCUGCUAGGGGUUCUGUUGGGAUCGCUCCACGUCCAUCCUGCAAGGGCAAUGCAGCAGGAUCUUAUCUUGCGCACGUCUUCCGGCCAGCAUCAGGGGCAUCCCCCUGCGUGGGGACUUCCUCGCGAUCCGGCGCCUACCAUCUGUCGGAUCUGGACCUAUACCCUAGCAGCUCCCACGGUUGUUCCGUAUGUUUCUACUCCCGACCCGGGUGUUAUGGCCACUUAUGUGGCCAAUACUGCUAGGGGCGUUACUGCCACAGGUGAUUUCGUCUGGACGAGCCCUCAGAUUGUCCACGGGGUGGCACACCUUUUGCAUGUGCCGUCCGGCUCGACCGCAUCCUCGAUAUUUUGGCUUUUGCAUUAUCGAGGUCGAGCUGCUGUCAUGAGCGUACCCAGAGCGGUUUUCGAUUGGCAGCAUGUUGGGCAAACAGCUGCUGAGGAGUUUGGCUUGCCGUUCUUCUCGCAGGGACAGUUCGGUAUUUGGCAUGGGGGCCGGGUUAUUCCCUUCGGGUCUCAGUUGCCAGCACCAGGCCACGGGACCAUUAUUACCUUGGUGCGUAAUCUUCCGGUUCCUGCUGCGGGUUUCUCUUCUUGGGAUGCACCAUCGGAUGCUCCGGCUUCCUUUCAUUUUGACUACGAUCUGUGUCGUGGUGCAGGAGGGGAACUUCCUCUAGCCGGCGAGACCUGCCUCCAAGUGCUGCCUUCCGGUAUGAGUCAGUCACCUCCAACACCUGCUGAGGCUGCUGGUCCGUCCCGCACGGUCAAUGAGAUCAGUCAUCAGCUCACGAUGCUUACCUCACGACUUGAGGUUGCGGGCGUUCUCCCAGGGAGCGAGCCCGAUGAG